GACCUUCCUCCCUGGUUCCAGCAUUGUUGCACCUGACUCAGUCAAGCGCGCCAAACGUGUCUCGUAGAACCUGCAGAGAUUACCAUGCCAUCCAUAAACCAGCACCGACCGUUUUCCGCGGAUCUGUCUCAGCCACUCCCCUGACCUCCAUCUGCCUCCCCCGCUCUGCGUCUGUUGCUGCUUCCACCACUGCCAAGGCUGCUACCUCCACUGCCAAGGCUGCUGCCUCGGCCGUCGCCGAGCCUGCGCAGGAGCUUCGGGGUGCUGGACCAGUGGUGGUGGUUGAUAAUUAUGACAGCUUCACUUACAACCUCUGUCAGUACCUGGGCGACCUGGGGUGUGAGCACGUGGUGUAUCGUAACGAUGACAUCACCAUAGACGACCUGCAGAAGGGCGUGCUCAUCUCUCCAGGCCCUGGCACGCCAGACGACUCGGGCAUAUCGCUGGACGUGGUGCGGCGCCUGGGCCCCACUGUGCCCCUUUUUGGCGUCUGCAUGGGGCUGCAGUGCAUGGGGCAGGCGUAUGGAGGGCGCAUAGUGCGGGCGCCCGGGGGCGUGAUGCAUGGAAGACGUCACCCGUGCUGCAUUCGAUGGCAGACAGUGACUCAGGGCUGCUGGCUGGACUUCCCAGGUGGGACCACCUUCAACAAGUCCCCUUUGCUCCCCAACUCCCACCCUUCCACCGUCAGCCCCUUCACUGCAUGCCGGUACCACAGCCUGGUGAUUGAAAAGGACACGUUCCCUGAAGGCGAGCUGGAGGUGACUGCUUGGACGGAGGAUGGGCUUGUCAUGGCCGGAGUGCAGUUCCACCCAGAGAGCAUCAUCACGACCAAUGGCAAGGAAAUAGUGGCCAACUUUCUCAAGACUAUGGAUCGCUACUGGGCACAGUAG